AUGGCGGCGCGGUGGGCAGUUGGGGCUGGUCGUGCCUGGGUGUGCGGUCUCCUCGGCUGGGCGCGGCCGGAGAGGUGGCUAACAUCCAGUAGCCUUUUUCCUCUGUCAUGCAUCCACACAAGCACAUCUCUGCAGCAAUUUGGGAAGUGGGAGAAAAAGAACAGGAUUGUUUACCCUCCACAGCUGCCUGGAGAACCUCGCAGACCAGCUGAAAUAUAUCACUGUCGGAGGGAAAUAAAAUAUAGCAAAGAUAAGAUGUGGUAUCUGGCAAAACUGAUAAAAGGAAUGUCCAUUGAUCAGGCUCUUGCUCAGUUGGAAUUUAAUGAUAAAAAGGGAGCAAAGGUGAUCAAAGAGGUUCUGUUAGAAGCCCAGGAAAUGGCAGUAAGAAAUCACAAUGUGGAAUUCAAAUCAAAUUUACAUAUAGCUGAGUCAAUGACGGGCAGAGGCCGCUAUGUGAAGCGGAUUCGUUACCAUGGCAAAGGCAUGUUUGGUGUCAUGAAAAUCGUCAGGUGCCAUUACUUUGUGAAGUUGGUGGAAGGUCCUCCUCCUCCUCCAGAGCCACCAAGGACUGGUUUUGACCAAGCAAAAGAAUACGUGCAACAGCUACGAAGUAGAACCCUUGUUAAUACACUGUAACAAACUUUUGUGACUAUAUAGGUAUUUCUUGUUUGACAAUGUAAUUAUAUAAAAGAAUAAUUAAAAUGAUGUUUUAGUUAUAUCUUUGGUGCUGCUGGAGCUUGGAUGUUGCAAGAAUGAUUGUAAGCUUUUUUCUUACUUGUCAAGCCAUAGGUAUGGAAAAACCUUGAAAAAGCAGCAACAGAUGUUACUUUCUCUGAGUUACUUGGACCACAGCAUUCAAGCUCUACCCUGAACUAUCAAAUCUAGAAAAUACAGUACUGUUAUGAAGCUUGUAAGGAGCUGUGUUGUCCUCAAAUUCAUGCAGCUGUCUCUCUUACGUAUGGUUGGGUCUUUUAUUGUAAAAAAUAUGUGCUUGACAGUCACGUUGCAAGUUCAAGGCUUGGACUAAAAUUUGACAUCUUAAAGUAGCUACAACAGUGGAACAAAACAAGCAACAAAAUAGUUGAGACUAUCGGGUGUGAGUUUAUGGUUUCUUUAUCUGGGCCCUAAUGCUUUUUCCUUACAGCCUCUGUUGUGCAUCUUUGGCAUUGUGUCUGGGAUUGGGGAAUAAACAAAAAUUUAAAUUUCAGGUUUUGACAGAGUCGGUAGGUGGCAAUGUUUAGUUUGUCAAAGAGGGAAGUGGCAGCGAAAACUUACAGUAUGUUGAAACUCCGUUCUUGAUUCUGACCAUGGCAUUAAUAGUCUGAUACGUGCAUGGAGUUCAGGCUGUUCUCUGAGGAAACUCUGUAUGGAUAACAGGCACGAUAUGGAGAAAAGCUUGUCUUGGUGAAGAGUGAACUGAUUAUUCUGCACUGUCUGGAAACAAAUUGCUUUUGUAAUGUUGAGGCAAGUAAAAUGCUCAAUGGAUUUAAUAUGGAAUGGCUUGUCGCAUAUACAAAUCAGGCUUUCAGUUCUCUGAAAACAGUCCCAUUUUUAUCAUUAGUUUGCAGAGAAAAAGAUCAAGGUCAGUAGGGGGAAUCUCAUUUCACCCAGUCAAGCUUUCAACUCAGAUGGCCAGAGAUCAUGAACAUCAGCAUCAAAAGAGAAUGAGUAGUUGCUUGUCUAUGCAAAUGUCUGAUAUUUAGACCUUUCUUUUCUAUGCUGGGAACGUUAGAAUGGGAGAUAGAUUGCUUACCUCAUUUGGGUCUUUUUACCACACCAGCUAGUGGUAGCCUUUCUUACAUAUGUUUACGCUGAUCAGUACUUGAAUGAUGGCAAAGGGACAGUUCCUGUAAGGAAACAAAUUAUCUUAAUUGUUGUCUUAAUGAAGGUGGCAUACUCUUCUGGCUACCAAAGAAAGGGUCUCAUGAUCUUAAAGGGUGUAAGUGAAUUGUGAAGUUACGCAAGAAGUACAUGCAUUGCUCAAUACCAUUAAUGAGUGCUUAUUUGCAGUCUGUUUUUUCUGCAGUGCACCUAACAGAUGCAUUGCUUGCUUUAAAGCCAUGAUUUAGUAACUUUUGUCGGAAAGCUAUGUUCCUGAUAAAACUCUCCAUCUCUGUAGUCCCUGAUGUGUGUUUGAAGAACUGUUUGUGGUGUGCUGUGGUAAACAGCUGUGCUUUGCUCUGCCAGUUGCCAUUAAACUCUUUUGUCAUACUGAA